CUUCUGCCGCUGUGGUGAGAGAACAUGGCUGCUAAACAAUCCGGAGAACCCUGCGGGGACAGCAGCUCUGAGGGUAGAUGCGGCAGAUUUGUGGGGAGGAUCAGGAAAUUCAAACCAAAGGAGGUGUUCACUUGGCAGCUUGCCAAGACGCUGGCCAUGGGUCAGGGUCUGGCCGGGCUCAUCUGUGGUACCGCGGUCUCCUCCCAGUACCUGGCCACUGAGUUCCACCUGAACACGCCGAUGCUGCAGAGCUUCCUGAACUACGUUUUGCUGUGUGUCACCUACACCACCAUGCUGUUCUGCAGGAGAGGUAGCGCCAUAGCCGGGGAUGGAAAUAUCUUGCAGAUUCUCAAGAGGAGAUGGUGGAAGUACCUGCUGCUGGGUCUGGUGGACGUGGAGGCUAACUACACCGUGGUCAAAGCCUACCAGUACACCACCCUCACCAGCGUGCAGUUGCUGGACUGUUUUGUGAUCCCGGUGCUGAUGGUUCUGUCCUGGUGGAUCCUGAAGACCCGAUACAAGCUGAUCCACUACGUGGCGGUCUGCCUCUGUCUGCUGGGAGUGGGGGCCAUGGUGGGGGCCGACCUGCUGGCUGGAAGAGACCAGGGCUCCACCUCCAACAUCUUGUUGGGUGACGGGUUGGUGCUGCUCAGUGCAGCUCUGUACGCCGUGUCUAACGUCUCUCAGGAGUACACGGUGAAGAAUCUGAGCAGAGUGGAGUUCCUGGGGAUGAUUGGCCUGUUUGGGACCGUCAUCAGCACCGUCCAGAUGGUCAUCCUGGAACGAAAGGAAGUCUCUGCCAUCGUCUGGAGCUGGCAAGUUGGGCUCCUGUUCUCUGCGUACGCUCUGUGCUUGUACGCUCUGUACAGCUUCAUGCCCAUAGUGAUGAAGAUGAGCAGCGCCACCUCCGUCAACCUCUCCCUGCUCACCGCUGACCUCUUCAGCCUCUUCUUUGGGAUCUUCCUCUUCCAGUACAACUUCUCCGGACUCUACCUGGUCUCCCUCGUGGUCAUCCUGGUGGGCUUCAUCGCCUUCAACGCCGUGCCGACGCCCACCGACCCCACAGCAACCACCACCUCUUCAUCUUCCUCCUCCAUCUGCGAGGAAGGCUUCUAUGAGAAUCCUGGGGCGGCUGAGAACGACGCACCCGUUAGGAUCCCCGCUGAGGUAGAGGAGGAGGAUGAAGAGCAGCGAGUGGAUGAACCAAAGAGGAGGGCGUCAGAUUUAUCACGCAGCCUUGGAGAGGAAACCGACGAGGACUGUAGUGUUGGACGCAGCACUAAACUGUGAACAGCUCUAGAGUUAAAAUAUAAAAUAUUCUUUUAAGCAUUUAUUUAUUAAGUUGUUACAAUAGGAUGGUAUGCAUGUAGAAAUAUUGCAGAAAAGCCGUGCUGUGCAAAUAGAAUAGAGCCGUGCAGCAAGACUUAGCUCAAAUGUACAUUGGUAAUAUGA